UACGUUGUGUAGAUGCAGGAAAAGGUUUGAGUUUAGUGCAGAGUGUUUCGAAGAAAGGCAAAUACUUUUUGUGUUCUGUCGGAUUGAUUGCUCCAGCCAGCAGCAGCAGAAGAAGGAGCCCCCAGCCGAAGAAGAGGGUGGGGUAACAUUUGCCAACGCAGAAAAAGUUCCGCAGAUAUUUUUGCGACCACGGCAAGCUGCAGCUUGGUGCAGUGUUUACUUGAAUACCAGGGAAUCGGUGAGGAGAAGAAAAAUGGAAAAAUAUGUGUGAUAGUACUCCAAGCCUGCAAGUGCUCCCGUCUGACGAAAAAAUUUUGCCGUUGAAAAAGAAAAAGCUGAAAGGUGGAAAUUCUGAUAGUGUCUGCUAGGAAGAUUCGGGUAUAAUUGAAAAAAAGUGAGCUUUCUACCGAAAGAAAUAUUUAAAUCGCAGAGAAAUUUUCUGAGGUGUGGCGAGAAUCAGACAAAAGUUAAGCUUUGAUAAAUCCGGAGGAUUUACUUUCAGUCUGAAAAAUGAAAAAGUGAAAAGAUGCUGUAGUUGUGCGAAUGGCAUGUCAAGUGAUUAGAGUAUCGAAAAGGGGGUUUUCUUAAUGAAGAAUGAUGUGAAGUAUUGUAAUGAGAAGGCAAUUUGCAUGCGUGAAGCUCGUUUAGCUGAAGAACUGAAUUUUCUGGACAGCAAUGUGUGUAAAGGGGAGCUAUAAGUGAAGAAGAUGGAGAAGGUGCUUCAUUCAUCAGCGCAACAACAGUGAUCGUCAGCCGCAGUAGCAAGAGCAACACCAGCAGCAGCAGCCUUCGUCAGUGUACAAAACCGUACAAACGUAGUGCCAGGUUGGGACGGGUUGAGUAGAAGGAGAGAAUCCGAUAAAUACACACGAAGCGGGACCGACUGAAGGAGCCCAAAGCAAGCAACGGAUCGUAAAUAGCGUGGCAGAGUCGGCAAUGGAGCUGUAAGCAUGUGUUAAAUCUUGCCAGCAACGCCAUUGCCAACCAGCAGUAGAUAAAUGACGGAGCCCCCUUCGGUCCCGCAGCCCUACUCAUGUGCACCGGAUCGAGAACGGAAAACAAAUCACGCAGUCAAUGAAACAAAAUUGGUGAAAAUAGCUGCUUUGAAGAGCAAGCAUAUACAUAAUGUGUAGUGAGUAGGGAAAGUGAGUGAGAAGCACAAGCAUACCACACGGGAAAGGCUUAUCGAUAUCUAAUCGAUCAAAUCAGUAUCGGAAAAAGCGAACUCAAGCCGUGUAAAUAAAAGGUGGUAAAUAUGUGAGAGUUUGUAUGUGCGUUCGCUUAACAUCGCUUAGCUUCAACCAGCGCGCCGCAUUCAAUGAAGUCGACAAAAAUAACAUCCGGAAAAGCUGCCUGUCACGAGAUAAUCAAAACGAAUUUGUAGAAUUUAAGGUUCAAUGCGCUGUUGCCAGAUAUUGUCUUAAUCAGAAUCUCCGCUAUAGUGAGCAAUGCCCGUAGUGUUAGUGGAAUAAAGUUAUACUCUAGUGCCAAAUUUAUUGUAUGGAUGUAUUUUUCUACACACAAUCUUUCGAAGUCGUCUGAUUCAGUGAAUGAUUGUAUUCUAUAGCCACACUUUUUGAAAAUUCUUCCUAUUAUAAUAGGCAAUGAGGCAGUGUUGAACGCUGAAAUCUCAACAAAUAGUUUUAUAAAUACGCCUACCAACUAGUACCCGUCAAAGCAGUGUUUCGGAAAUAUAGCCUUGUAUAACAAGAAAAAAAGAGACCCACCAGUGAAGCUUUAAAAAACGUGAUUUCGAAGCGAAUAGCAAAAAGCAAAACAAAUUUACAUAAAUGCAAUUAAGGUGCAAUGACGUGUGCUUAUCCGCCAGCCGGUUGAUAAAUGUCUAGCAGAAUCUCGCUGGCAGCGUGUAAAACCGGAAAGCUUCCACCAAGUUGUGCCAAGCACACCUACCUAUCAGCAGCAGCAGAGCACAUCACAUAUGAAUUAAUUUGGAUAUUACGCUUGUAUGCAGGCAGGAUAGGCGAAAAUGUCCCUGAACGGAAGAGAUCUGAUGAAGCAGCAGCCGCCUGAAUAUAAUCAGAGCGUUCUGACGAUGCAGAAAUCAGUGACAAUCACUGUGACGCCCCAGCGGAGCAAUUCGAUGGAUUUGCUCAAUUUUGAGGAAAAACGGCAGCUGAUCGCCUCCUCGUUGUCGCUGUCGGAUAUACUGCACGUCAGUCCGGCAGCAGCGCACGUGGCCAAAGAGGUGGCGGCCAGUACGGUAAUCGCUACAAAGAAACAGAAUGGUGCCACCAUGCGUUCCAACAGUCUGAACUCGGGUUCCCGCACGCCCCCACUGGAGCGGAAGAGCAAGUUUAGCGCAUUCGGGCGCCUUUUCAAGCCCUGGAAGUGGCGGAGAAAAAAGAAAAGUGAAAAGUUCGAGUCCACCUCCAAGUCUCUAGAGCGUAAAAUAUCAGUACGUGCCAACCGUGAAGAACUUGUACAAAAAGGUAUUCUGCUGCCCGAGAGUCCUACGUCAGCUCUAUCCAUAGCUGCCAUUUGUAUCAGUCCCACGGAAUCGGUGACGUGGUCAACAUCAUCUCAUAGACAACUACAAACCUUCCAUCAGCCGAACCAUUACCGAAGCCAAAAUGAAGAACAAUAUACCAUUUACAAUUCAGUAAACGGAGCCAACUCUUCCGUCCUGCCAAAUCUUGCGAACACAUCGGCAUCGUCGGCGGCAACUGCAGCACCAAAUACUAGCAUUACCAACAAUGUGCCUUUAUCACAAUCGGCUCAACAGAUUAGCAGUAAUAGUGCGCUCAUCAGUAGCAACCAUAGCAGCGCCUGCAACAACAGUAGCAACAAUAGCAGUAGUAAUAACGGACCGUUAAGCUUAGCGGCCAUUUUGUCCGGUGCAGUCAGUACUAUGGGAUCUAGCGGGUCUACCGGAAGCGGUAGCCUCGGCAACAAUUCGGUAGUCGGUGCUAACAUGAUUAGCGGCGGAACGGCCGGUCAAACUUUGGCUAACCUAAUGGGCACGGGGAACACCAGUAUAGGUGGCAGUGGGUUGUCGCAUUCCCAGUCAGCGCACCAGAUUGGCACUGUUGCGUCGCAACACACUGGCCCACUGGCUCAGCAUCAAGCUCUGCAGCAGCAACUGCAGCAACACUUCGCCAACGUUGCCAACAGCAGUAGCAGUAAUUUAGAGCCUCGGAAAGAAAAGACUGAAGUUCAAAGUGGUGCAAAUGGUUCAUGUAUCGACCAGUCCUGUUCGGUGUCGAGUUCGUUGCAUCCGCCAAGUGCGUGUGGCGGUCAACAUGGCCCGGCCACAAUUGAAGGCAGUAUUCAGCCGCCAUCAAACCAAUUGAUGGUACAAUCCAAGCCAGAACGUCCCAACACACUCGGCCCGACCAAGCUGUCCCGCAGGAUAAUCUGCUACCACAGCGAUGGUUUUCAAGAUAAUCAACGGAAGACACCACCGCCAUCGAACGAGAACCCAUCUAACCAGCAGCAGCUGCAACAGUCGUCCCAUCAAGCAUUGCAGCUGCAACAUCAGCAGCACCAGCAGUCUGCUCUAGCGGCUGCAGCUGCUGCCGCAGCAGUUGCCCAGCAACAGCAGCAACAGCAGUCCCAACUUCCUACGCAAGCUGCUCUGUCAGCUGCCGCGGCAGCUGUUGCCCAGCAGCAUCAGCAGGCGCUCCAGCAGCAAUCACAACAUGGCGGUCAUCCACACCAUCACCAUCUUUCGAAUCACAUCAUGCUGUCGGAGCUGCCGGAGCCUCCGAUUCCGGUGUCGGAGAUCGGGCCCAUUCCGCCGCCGCCGAUGUUCUCAACACCAAGUCCGACCAUGAUCGGCGGACGACCGCAUGGCCCUAACGUGCAUUCCACUACUACUUGUAGCAAUAAUAGUAUUAGCACGAGUAAUAUUAUACCGUUAGAUAUGAACGAUUACGAUUACGAUGAUCAUGAGAACAAUGAUCACGAGGAGCUCGAUUCGGACGAGGAGUACAUGUACACAAUGUCGCAACCAAAUCCCGCCAUCGACACGAACCGUAUCGACGAGAUCCCCGCAAAGGAACCCAAAUUCAACGCAGUGCCAUUGAAAUCAGCUUUAAAGAAGAAGGGUUCGAACCCGGGAACGCCGACGCAGGAUAACCGGACGCUCACCGUGCGCUACGACAACAAUCCGACCGCGACGAUCAAGCCAGUUUUACGACCACGGAUUAGAAUAUGUUCGCGACCGAUGCGCUUCCAGAUUGGCCUACCGAGCACGAUGGAGAAUAAGGAGAAUACGCGACCAUUUGUAAUCCGCGAGAACGACAACGACGAUCAAAACGAUGGCCCGAUCCGCUACCGGGACGAAGAUCCGGAUCGGGCCGCUAAGAUUGCCCGCAAGGAGAGCCUGUCGAUAAAGCUUGCCCUGCGACCCGAUCGGCAAGAACUGAUCAACCGGAACAUUCUGCAGUUGCAAUCGGACAACGAAAAGCAGGAAUCGAAGGAAGCUAUCGGGGCCCGGCUGAUUCGACGGCUGUCAAUGCGACCUACCGCAGAAGAGCUGGUAGAAAGAAAUAUUUUGAAAACGCAAAGCCCUGCAGAGGAAAAGAAGCAAAAGGAGGAGAAAAAACGCUACCUGUUGCGGAAACUUAGCUUCCGGCCCACCGUAGACGAAUUGAAAGAGAAGAAAAUUAUUCGAUUCAAUGAUUAUAUCGAGGUCACGCAAGCGCACGAUUACGAUCGACGAGCUGACAAACCGUGGACUCGACUUACCCCCAAGGACAAGGCCGCCAUACGCAAAGAACUGAAUGAAUUUAAAAGUUCCGAAAUGGCGGUGCACGAAGGCAGUAGACAUCUUACCAGGUUUCAUAGGCCAUGACAGAUGCAAUGCAGGAUCAAACAGAGACAUUUUGCCGUUCAUUAUUUUACUAUUCUCAUUAAGAAUUACUACAACAAACAUUUGAUUGUGUACAUAUAAGAGAGAAAACAGGAUCAUUACUGGUCGCUGCAGCGGUCACCACUCGUACCAAACUCAUCACUUUAACCACACAAAGCAUACACAUUGCCCAGAAACCUUGCGAGCAUCCAACAUUAUCAAUGGAACGGUGGAGCAUAUUUUUUAACGGAGAUAUUUCCAAACAUUUCAAAAGACAAAAAUUCGUUCCUGUGGAAGAAAGGUAGCUGUUUUCGAUUCAAACUUUCGUAACCUUCUGACACAUCUAAAGAAAGAUAUAUCUACUGGACGGACUACAUUAGCAGCCGACAAUUUUUGGACUUUCGAACCUGGAUGCCCUCUCCUCCCCUUCCUUUGGAACGCGCAUGAUAUUUUUACAAACCCGAACUGCAUCAUUCGGAGAGUAGCCGCCGGCAAUUGGUUGGAUACGUCACACGUGCCGUACAGCGUGUAGCAAACAGACAAGUUUUUUUGUAGCAAACCAAGCUAAAAUAGUAAACUAUCGAUGCAAUCGCAACAAGGCAGCAAAAAGUAAGCAAAUAAAAUGUUUCAAUGAGAAAUUAAAGAAACCUAAAAUAUAAUAAUUGAAAAAAAAAAGAGAAUAAUAAUACUGUGAUAAUGUUAACGUUAUUAGAAUGUUACCGAGCAAAAAAACUGAAACCCGAAUCGGUAAAUCAUAGUGAUUAGUGGCUAGAAUAUAAUCAGCAGGCAAAGCACUAAAAGCAGGCUUCAGCCAUCCGCAAAAACGAUGGCCGUUUCGUUGCUGUUGGCUAGGUUGGGUAUUAUCGUUUGUUUAACAAAUUGUAGCAAAAAAAACUGCGACAGUAUUACGAGCCAUGGUUAACCGCGGUACCACACAUUUGACGGUAAUCAUAAUUAGUGUUCGACAUCGGAACGAAAAUUGAAGUCCGGGUUACGGUCCGGUCCGGUAUUAAAAAUCGGUCCGAACUUUGUUAUUCCGACUAUAAAGACUAGUAAUGCGGUCCGAUUUGGCACUGUUCAGGUUCCGGAACCGGAACAGAGCCAAAUCGGACCGGAAUAACGUCGGAAUAACAAAGUUCGUGCCGAUUUUUAACCGGACCGGACUGAACCGGAACCCGGACUUCAAUUUUCGUUCCGAUGUCGAACACUGAUCAUAAUCAAUAGUUUUUUAGUGUGAUUGCGUUUAAUACGGGUUAAUUUUUAUGCGAUGUGACUGCAACUGCUUCUGCCUGAAAACUAUUGUCCAGGUCUACAGAAUACUCUUUGCUUAUUCAAUCAACGUACCGUUUAUCCUUUUUGCUAAUCCGUUUUGCUCUGAUUUAGGGCAGGUAUCUCGCACUAGAUUCCUUUCUUCCUCCCUGUGUUUCGUACGAAUGCAUUUGAUCAUUUCUCGCGUUUGUUGACUUUUGUUUUGGUUGAUUUCCGAAAAUACAGUGCGGUUUUUUGGCUUGCGUUGCCGAUGAAAGUCAGAAAAUUACAACUGCUCUCAUCCACUAUACUGCUAUUGGGCCCGACAAGGCCGAGUGAAUGAGCUCCAGUACACGAUCCUCUGGUUGCCUUAUCGCCUCGAAUGAUUGGCAAUAUUUAGCUUAGAUACAAGACAUACACUUCAUAGCAUCCUUUACGUCCAAUUCCAAUCUCGUGACCAUUUUCUCCUGCCAUUUCAUCCCAUUAGCAGAGAUGUGCUCCAUGAUCCGAUGCCAGAGCUCGUGUCUAUCAUCCUGUACAAAAUUCACAACGGGAUACUUCGUUUCGGACAACUAGUAUAGACCGUUUACUUCAAGACCAAUCGCAGCUACUUAGUCAUGAUUGCCAGCUCCUCACUUCUGAAUGGCGAGUAGCGUUUAUAAUAUCGUCUUCAACGCAAAUGAAAAGAUAACAAAGGGACCUCUUCAACGCAUUCUGCUUGCUUUCAAACGAUUACUAACCUUAAUUUCCUGCAUGAUCUCCUCCUUAACCGUAUCCGUUGUCAGGGCCACACCAGACGACUCCAGACCCAAGCCCAAUGGAUCCGUAUUUCAAAACCUUGAGCAGCCAACUGAUCAUACAUAUAUUCAUAAAGGACUGACAGUGAACGACUAUCCAUCGAAUGCCGGUCAGCUAUCGAAACAAGUCAAUUUUCCGCUAGGUGGUUCAAUCGCUUAGCUGUUUCACGCAUCUUUGACUGUUUUCAAAUUCUGCAUUAAGCCAUAAAGGCUUACAGACAAGUGGUUGCUAGAGCCUUUUCCGACACCAUUCGUUAUGUUUCUCCAAGGCACAAGUGUGCUUUUUGAUAGGAACCGGAUCGGUGGUAAAUACCUACGAAUUGCAAUAUUCCCGCGCAUGAAGAACUUUCGUUACUUGUGUCGGAAUGACAUCUCCGGGUAAUCGCAUUCCAUCAGCUUGGCCGAUGUUCCACCAUCAUGCGCUCCAACACUUCCAUCGCCUUAAUUUGAAUUGCUUUCAAAACUCUUUUGAUUUUUCAUGGUUUCGGGCAAACAAAGUCGUUUCUAUGUAAACAUUUCUGGGCCCAUAACCUGAUAGAAGUAGCUUUCACUCAGGUGCAGUUUGGGUAACCAAUUAAUAGUGAGAUUAUUUUAUUAUAGUCAUGACUUACCACUAACAAUAAUUUAAUAGACCAAUCUCGAGCGGAAAAUUAGGUAAGCGAGGGUCAUUGAAGUCAUUGUUAACCUAUGCUGGGGUAUCUGGAGAUGCGUCUGCGCCGCCUUCAAUAGUAUUUUCAACAUAGGUCAACAGUUCUGAGUCUUGCCUCAUCCACUUAAUUGUUUUGUUCUUAAAAUUCUUAUAAUCUUAUAAAAUCCUAAUAUCUUUAUUAUUUUAACUGAGCUGCACCACAAAAUGCUUGUUUAUCAAAGAAUAAAUAUGGAAUUUAAUUGAUCUUAUACUUGUAUAGACAAUUAAAUGCGUCUUUGACCAAGAAAGUAAUAAAAAUAUUAUAACCACAAGAGGGAAAAAAACAAGAAAGCAUGUUCUUAAGAGGAAAUCACAUUUCAAAUCGUUUACUGUCUGUUCUAUCCCACCGAUUUUAAUCAGAAAAAUCAACCAACGGCAACGAAGCGGUAUCGUCUGGAGCAGUUUAAGCCAACGAAAUUAAAAGUUUGACAGUGGAGAUAUCACCCGCAUUAAAUGGUAUCUUGUAUUAUCACAAGAAAAAAAUUUGGUCCCGAGUUCUGUUUGGCUUUCGUAGUCUUUCAAUUUCAACGGCAGUUCGUGAAAUUGAUCGAUCGAAUAUUCCCAAACCGAAGGUUUCCUUAAACUGAGGCAACUUACGAACAUAAUAUGCAAACAAAAAAACGUACAUAGAUAUUGUGAGUUUUCUGAAAACAAAAAAAAAGCUUAUAAACUGUAAUCUGUAUUUGUACAUAUCUUGUGAACAAAAACUACUAUGUUGCUAGUGGGAAAAAGAGAGGAAAAAACAACGGAUUAGUAUGCGAAAUAAAUUUGAAACCUAUAAAAUUUUUGGUCCGACAAGCGCGAAAGCCAGACAACACUAAAACGAUAAGCAAAUAUCGCUACUAGCGGAUAAUAAAACAAUAAACGAUUUAAAAGAGGAAAAUCAAGCGGCCAGAUAAGAUAAGACCGAUGAUCGCAACAGUGAGCAAGAAAGAGUUAAAAUAAAAACAAACGAAACAACAUUUAAGACAAGCAAUUAAACCGAUCGUAUUCUUUUUGAUUGGUAUAGUUGAAAUCAAAAGUAAUUACAACGUAUAGAGUACCCAGCAGUUAGGUAAGGGAGGGAAGAGUGGACAAAAAUAAACUCGGUCGUGCGUCUUUGUGUAUAUUUUUAGCGAAAAUGAAUGGAAGAACUAAUCAAUAUCGUUUUGUUCUGUAACGACUGUAGAGCUAGUUUUUUGUCCAAUGCAUGUUUCAUUUGCUCUGCUGAUAAAAAAGUAAUAAAAAUGAUGUAUAAAAUCCUUAUAAACAACAAUCUACAAAUUACUUUUAAUUUCGUUUCAAUUCACUUCCGCUGUAAGUUUUACGUUUAGUUUAUCUGUAGUUUUUAAGCUAGUUAAAGAAGAAGGAACAAAUUUCGGUUUCAGUUUUCUGUAGUGCCCCCGACAGGCAAGCGUACCGUAUCACACGAUGCAGUUUUGUAUCUGCUCUAACGGAAAAGUAAAAAGCAGCAUUCUGAAAUUAAAAACGAGUAAUUAAGCAAGCUUCGCGUGUAGCAUUGUGAAGCGUUUCAUUCGUCUCCUCAGAGUAACCGAAAAGUCGCGUAUUGUAUCAAUUCUAAAACAGUAGGCAAUUUGCAUGGAAGGUCAUAAAGGAGGAUCGCAUUGGAAAUCAUAACUACAACUAGACUGUUUCGCUUUUCCGUUGUGUUAUUGUGCUAGCCAGGAGAAGCAAAUAAUAAUUACAAUUAUAAUAACAAAACAACAGUGCGAAAGAGAACGAGCGGAAACUACAAAUAAGCUGGAACUAUUUUGUAUAAAGUAACAGGCAACACACAAUGUGAACAUUCAAUUAGUGACGUUUUCGAAAUUCACGUGAUCAUAUUAUCAUAUAUAGGCAAAAAAACGAGAAAAUAAAAAUGAAAAAACAAACAUAAUAAACUCAGUAAACGACGCAAGAAACACGCAUAAUGCAGUAACGAACAAUUGGUAAAAAUCAUUGUUACGGAACAAAUAGUUUGGACAACAAAAUAAUAUAAAAUAAACCCUUUUCUCACUGUUUCGGAAAAAACUCAAACAAUAGCAGACAACCGAAGACGCAAAAAAACUACCAUCAUAUGGAAUUUUUGGAUAACUACUUUGAAGAUAACCAUACACUAUGGGGAAAACAUAGAAGAGUUUAAAACAAAACAAAACCAUAGUGUUUAGGCGUCAUGCAUAUACUAUAUUGAUGAGAAAAAAGAAUAAAAUCAAUAAUU